AUGAAGUUUACCGCCCUCUUCGCUCUCUUGGCGCCUCUGGCCCUGGCCGAAACCUGGAACCUCUCGGGUACCUGCUCCACCAGCGAGACCUGCGAGAUCGACACGCAGUACACCAGCCCGGAGGUCGCUUGCGGGAACUCAAACGGACACUUCGAUGGCUCAGGCAACGGCGGGAAGACGAGUUGCACCCCCGCGGGCACCAAGUGCACCUACGUUUGGACGUGCUAG